AUGCCAUCGUCAAGGUCCAAGCUCCCACUGCUCCUUUAUGGGAUCCUCCUGUGCAGCUCCUUUGCUCCUCUUCCAGUCAUCAGCAGUAAGAGACCAUCCAAGCAGAGUGCCAUGUCAUUGGUUCGGGCCAGCAACAGCUCCUGGGAAAAAAGAGAGGUGACAGCUAGAGAUGGAGGAUACCUGCUGGGGAUCAAAAGACUAAGAAGGCUUUACUGCAAUGUGGGUAUUGGCUUCCACAUACAAGUCUUACCAAACGGGAAGAUCAAAGGCAUGCAUAAUGAAAACAGAUACACCCUUCUGGAAAUUUCCCCGGUGGAGAGAGGAGUGGUCACUCUGUUUGGGAUAAGAAGUGGUCUCUUCAUUGCCAUGAGCAACAAAGGGAAACUCUAUGGCUCGGGCCAUUACAAUGAUGAAUGCAAGUUCAAGGAGCAGCUUUUGGCCAACAACUAUAAUGCAUAUGAAUCAGCUGCCUACCCUGGCAUGUACAUUGGUCUCAGUAAGACCGGCAAAACCAAGAGAGGCAACCGGGUCACACCCACCUUGACCAUGACACACUUCCUUCCCAGGAUAUGA